GUCAAGAUGGCGUCAAUGUAAAUAAGUGAAGAUUUGGGAUUUGUGUAAUUUUAGUCUCUGUAUCAGAGAAGCCGAGCUUUCACGGAAAUAUGUGCAGAUAAGCUGAGCUGGACAUGGAGUGUUUCGGGUGUUCCAUCCAGCUGAGGAAACUUCUCUGGAAUAUUCCUCCAAGAAGGACUUUUCUCACUUCUUGUGUUAGCUGUGAAGGUUCACGUAGUUAGCCUAGCCGGGCACCGGGUUAGCAUAGCGAGCUAGCUAAGUGUCAUAAAUCAAAACUAAACUUCUUAAACUAACUUCUAUUAGUUAGGCUAGGUUUAGAUAGAUAUAUUGUCUAGUAGUCGUGGUUUACUCUAUUUUUAGUCUUUUCAAAAUACUUUGUCUAGAUUUUAUUUAAAGCUUGAGGUUGUUGCUUGAUAGUUGUGUUUAAUUGUUCCUUGACAGACUAAAGGUUUACUGUUAAAGUGCUUUACUAAAUUAAAGGAGAAAGUUAAGAGAAGGAAACACCAAAGGUUCUCAUGGUCGGUGGAAGGAAAUUUCAUUUUCUUUAAUGAGUAAAAUAAGGUUAGUUGUAGGAGAGAAUCCCAGCUCCAGCUGUCUGGUCAUGGUGCUGCUGCUGCUUCUUGCUGUCUUUACUGGCAUUUUGUGUGAAGUUUCUGCUGCUCAAGAUGGCCAGGCCAUGUCUUUUGAGGAAAAGUCUAAAAUCAGGGAACAAAUUUUGGAGAUGUUCGAUCAUGCUUAUGGCAGUUACAUGAAAUAUGCAUACCCAGCUGACGAGUUGAUGCCGCUGAGCUGCAGAGGGAGGGUUCGAGGGCUGGAGCCGAAUCGUGGCGACAUUGAUGACUCUCUGGGAAAGUUCUCUUUGACACUGAUUGACACCUUAGACACACUAGCGCUGUUGAACAGGAUGGAGGAGUUUGAAGAGGCUGUGAAGAAAACCAUCACAGAUGUUAGACUGGACAACGAUAUAGUGGUGUCUGUUUUCGAAACCAAUAUCCGUGUCCUGGGGGGACUGUUAGGGGCGCAUGUGAUGGCUGACCUGCUAAAGCAGCGGGGAGAGAGGAUGCAGUGGUACAGAGAUGAGCUGCUGCACAUGGCCAAAGACCUUGGCUACCGCUUACUGCCUGCCUUUAACACCACAAGUGGCCUUCCGUAUCCAAGGGUGAACUUGCGCUAUGGGGUUCUCAGCCCUCUGUCCCGUACAGGCACUGAGACGGACACCUGCACAGCCUGUGCUGGGACCAUGAUCUUAGAGUUUGCCGCUCUAAGCCGACUCUCAGGGGAAUCCGUGUUUGAGGAACAUGCACGAAAAGCUCUGGAUGUCCUCUGGGAGAAAAGGCAAAGAGGAAGUAACCUUGUUGGGACGGUUAUCAACAUCCAUAAUGGGGAUUGGGUCCGCCGUGAUAGUGGUGUCGGAGCCGGAAUAGACUCUUACUACGAAUACUUAAUGAAGGCGUAUAUUCUGCUAGGAGACAACGUAUACCUCGAGAGGUUUAAUACUCACUACAGUGCCAUAAUGAAAUAUAUAAGCCAGCCUCCUCUGCUGCUCAGCGUGCACAUGCACAACCCCACGGUGAACGUGCGCAGCUGGAUGGACUCCCUGCUGGCCUUCUUUCCUGGACUGCAGGUUCUAAGGGGAGAUCUGAAGCCUGCUAUAGAGACCCAUGAGAUGCUUUAUCAAGUCACCAAACAGCACAAGUUUCUUCCUGAGGCUUUCACCACUGAGUUCAAAGUUCACUGGGGUCAGCACCCUCUGCGGCCAGAGUUUGCAGAGAGCACGUACUUUCUUUACAAGGCUACAGGUGACCCGUAUUACCUCAAAGUGGGCCAGUCUAUAGUUGAGAAGCUGAACACUCAUGCACGGGUCCCCUGUGGCUUUGCUGCAGUGCAGGACGUAAGAACAGGGACACAUGAGGACAGGAUGGACUCCUUCUUCCUGGCUGAGAUGUUUAAGUACCUCUAUUUGCUCUUCUCUGAGAAGAGUCAUUUGCCUUUCGAUAUCGAUGACUAUAUCUUCACCACUGAGGCUCAUCUGCUCCCAGUCUCUCUGUCUAAUGCCAAGACGCCCUGUAAAGGCAACAACACGGGCCCUACCACUGCUCUGGUGGAGGACAUGUUUACAUAUGCGUGCCCCAGUGCUCAGACCCUGUUCCCUAAUAACCCCUCCUUCGCAAAGACAAUCAGGGACCGUUACAAAUACCUCACAGGGGUCGGCAGGCCACCCCAUAUCUCCUCUUUCAGGGGGAUCGAGCUGCCUCUUCAUGAUACUGGAAUUGAGCCGGUUGAGUUCCUGAAAAGCAUGGGCAUCUCUCUUACCCCUCUUGCAGAAAUGGCAGCAGCCGGAAGUGGAUUGGUCACCCAUGACACUGAGAAAGGUGUGUUUAGAGUAAAGCUGGUUGCCGAGGUCAGCCAUAUAUCUGAAGAAGAGGAGGUGUUGCCACUUGUCGUGCAGCUCAUCUCCCCUCCUUAUUUGGGGAGAACAGUCUUAACGGCGGGACCAGCUAAAUUUGGAAUGGACCUCUUCAAGCAAGAGCAUGGGGUUAAAGGAAGUAUAGUAAAGAGCAUUCCAUACACAGCAUGUGGACACAUCGAGAAUGCGUUGGAGCUGCAGGGCCACAUAGCUUUAGCUCUGAGGGGAGGCUGCAUGUUUGCUGCUAAAGCUCGACGGUUACAGCAGGCAGGAGCCAUUGGAGUCAUCUUUAUAGACCAGCGUGAGGACAGCAGCAGUGCUGAGACCCCUCUGUUCCAGAUGGUGGGCGAUGGGGAGUCUACAGAGGACAUCAAGGUGCCGCUGGUCUUCCUGUUCAGCCGAGAAGGGGCCAUUCUCACCGCUGCCCUGCAGGAGCACCACAAUGUAGAUGUCCUCCUUCUGCCUAAGGAGAGACAGCUGGGGAAAGAAAAAACAGAAAAAGUGAACAUCAAGUUCCGCCUAGCCAAAGAGGAUGAACAUGAGGACACGGCAGGAGAGAGAAGUACCAUCAGACUAGUGCUGGAAGGAAAGAUGGAGCCUGAGGUACAGCCUGAGCAAAACCCAGUGUCCCAAUCCCAGUGCACUGUGUCCUCUGAAGGGGAAAACCAGCAGUCCUGCAAUCUACAGCAGAAAAACCUCGAGAGUGCCCCAUGAUGCUAAAAUCAAAUUAAUACCUUAAAACGGCCUCUUCGUUAAUGCCCGGGCUGCUCCUCGCCUGUGGCUGAUUCAGGAUCAGAGACUACAGAAAGACCUGGUCCCAACUCAUCGACUUUAGUAUACACAGAGUCUAACAUGGACCGGACCGGGUUCUCCUCUCUCAUAUUGAAGAAUGAGGUUGACUCAUGUAACUUUGUAGUUACCGGGACAAUUUAUGGUAUAGAGCAAGUAGGAGCGGUAUGCAAAUCUAUAGUCUUUCUUAUCCACUGCCAUGAUUUACAUGUACUGUAGUGAUUGGAAUUGAUUCAUCUGAGUGAUUAACAGGUGGGGGGGGAAAUGGUUAAGAGGAGCACAGAGGCCGUGAGCUACAGUAGGGCACACUCAGGCCACAACACUAUUUGUUUUCAUUAGCAUUUAUUAAUUAUUGUCUUUUUUUUUGUCAAUCAAGUGACUUUAAAAGGAGUUUAAUGGGAACAAUAAUUUGUUUGUUCAGUAUUCUUUAAAUGUUUACUCAUUAUAAUUAAGACACUUGAAAUCCAUGCCAUGACUCAGGUCGCCUCUGACCAAACCAGAAUUUUCAGUGUUGAAUAUUUCAAUAUUAUGUUAAAUAUUGGGAACAUAAUGGUUACACAGGGCAGAAUGAACGUCGGUUCAACCAUAUAUAUAUAUAUAUAUUUUUUUUUUCAAUACUAAAAUCAGGGAAAUUAAAGUGCUAAGACUUGAACAUGUGGAUGUCCGUAUGCAUGCAUGACGUCAUGGUGUGUAUAUGUAAAGACUUCAAUGUUCUUACCUUAUUGUCUACCCUUGUGCCAGCGCUUGGUUUGUGUGUCAUUGCCCAUCGUUCAUGCACCACAGAUGCAUUCGUUCCUUGUCACAGAAUGAAUAAUGAUAGACGUUUCUGAUGUUCAGGAAAAUCGAUAAUGUUUCUCUCAUUUGUAGCAGAUUUCAGAAUUACACCUUCUAUCCAUAUCUUUUAAAUGUUCUCAAACACUAAUCUGACUAUUACGUUGAUGAGACCUAGAAGUACACAACUAAAAUCUGUAAAGAUAAAAAAAAUAAUCUUUACUUAAAAAGGUCUGGUUCUGGUGGUGAGUAAUGUUUUAAUUAUUAUUAUUGUUUUAUUUAUGGCUAUAAUUAAGACUAUUUAAAGCUGAAAUGUUUCUUUAAGUAUUUAAUUUUCUCUGCUGAAACAAAGUCGUGUCCAAAUCCAGAUCACAUUCUCCUAGGGAACGACACACGGUCUGGACGACAGGAGUCGAUUAUUCGUUUACCAUUCAGCAGCUUUUAUAAUUACACAGAGAACGGUCCUGCAUUAACAAUAGCUGCGUUUGAUUGUGUACAAACAUGCAUGUGUGAAACUGAAAACGGAAUAAGAUCAAGUUUGUACAUUUUGGAAGUAAUACGUGUCCACUGUCUUGAUUGUAACACAAAAAAAGCAGAAAUUGUGUUUAAAUACAUGAAGGCAAUAGCCUUUCUUGUUUCCUGCCUACCUGAGAAUACAAUACUACACCACCA